AUGGCGGCGGGGUCGAUCCGGGUCACCAUGGAGGUGGGCGCCGACGGCGUCGCGCUCAUCACCAUCGCCAACCCGCCCGUCAACGCGCUCCACCCCAUCAUCAUCGCCGGGCUCAAGGACAAGUACGCGGAGGCCAUGCGCCGUGACGACGUCAAGGCCAUCGUGCUCACCGGUGCUGGAGGCAAGUUUUGUGGAGGAUUUGAUAUCAACGUUUUCACAAAGGUUCAUCAGACUGGGGAUGUAUCACUUAUGCCGGAUGUAUCUCUCGAGUUUGUGUCAAACAUGAUGGAAGAGGGCAAAAAACCUUCUGUUGCAGCCAUUCAAGGUCUUGCGUUGGGUGGUGGCCUAGAGUUGACUAUGGGUUGUCAUGCUCGGAUAUCUACUCCUGAAGCUCAACUUGGAUUGCCAGAGCUGACCCUUGGCAUCAUCCCUGGAUUUGGAGGUACCCAACGUCUGCCGAGGCUUGUAGGUCUACCCAAAGCAAUUGAAAUGAUGCUGCAAAGUAAGUUCAUUACGGCAAAGGAAGGGAAGGAACGUGGUUUGAUUGAUGCCCUUUGCUCUCCUGAUGAAUUGAUAAAGACAUCACGCCUUUGGGCUCUGGAAAUUGCUAAUUCCCGUAAACCUUGGAUGAGAUCUCUUGGCAGAACAGAUAGGGUUGGAUCACUAUCUGAAGCUCGUGCUGUAUUAAAUGCAGCAAGACAGCAAGCAAUGAAGAUUGCACCAAACAUGCCACAGCACCAGGCCUGCCUUGAUGUAAUGGAAGAAGGCAUGUUAUAUGGAGGCCAAGCUGGUGUUUUGAAGGAAGCCAGGGUUUUCAAGGAGCUGGUGAUAGCACCAACAUCAAAGGCUCUUGUCCAUGUUUUCUUUGCACAACGUUCCACGACAAAGGUGCCAGGUGUAACUGAUGUUCAACUGAAACCAAGGCCAAUUAGAAAAGUUGCUGUUAUUGGUGGUGGUCUGAUGGGCUCUGGAAUUGCUACAUCACUUCUUGUUAGCAACAUUUCUGUUGUGCUCAAGGAAGUAAACCCUCAGUUUCUGCAAAGGGGAGAGAAAAUGAUAGCAGGUAAUCUUGAGGGCCUGGUCAAAAGAGGUUCACUAACAAAGGAUAGGAUGCACAAGGCAUUGUUGCUUCUCAAGGGCGCUUUGGAUUAUUCAGAUUUCAAGGAUGUUGAUAUGGUUAUUGAGGCUGUUAUCGAGAAGAUUCCUUUGAAGCAAUCAAUAUUUUCUGACAUUGAGAAAAUCUGUCCGAAACAUUGCAUACUUGCGACAAACACAUCCACCAUUGAUUUGAAUGUUGUUGGCGAGAAGACAAAUUCUCAAGAUAGAAUUAUAGGGGCUCACUUUUUCAGCCCUGCUCAUAUUAUGCCCUUGCUUGAAAUUGUCCGGACGGAGAAGACAUCACCACAAGCUAUCCUUGAUCUCAUCACCGUUGGGAAGAGAAUAAAGAAAGUCCCUGUUGUGGUCGGCAACUGCACAGGAUUUGCUGUCAACCGUACAUUUUUUCCUUACACACAGGGUUCUCAUCUUCUAGUCAGUCUUGGUAUUGAUGUUUUCAGAAUUGAUCGAGUAAUAAGCAGCUUCGGCAUGCCAAUGGGACCUUUUCAACUCCAAGAUGUGGCUGGGUAUGGAGUGGCCUUGGCAGUAAAAGAUAUCUACUCUGAUGCCUUUGGGGAAAGAAAUUUGGAAUCUAACCUCGUGGACUUGAUAGUAAAGGAUGGACGACAGGGGAAGGCAAAUGGCAAAGGUUACUACAUUUAUGAGAAGGGCGGGAAGCCAAAGCCAGACCCUAGUGUUAUGCAUGUGAUCGAGGAGUACCGAAAGCAGGCAAACGCAAUGCCUGGUGGAAAGCCUGUUACUUUAUCGGAUCAAGAUAUUUUGGAGAUGAUUUUCUUCCCAGUUGUGAAUGAGGCAUGCAGGGUUAUGGAUGAAAAUGUUGUAAUUCGAGCUUCUGAUCUUGAUAUUGCUUCUGUUCUUGGAAUGGGCUUUCCCAAAUACAGGGGUGGUCUUGUCUUCUGGGCUGACACUGUUGGAGCACCUUACAUACAUUCGAAGCUAAGCAAGUGGGCUGAAAUUUAUGGUCCCUUCUUCAAACCAUCAUCGUAUUUGGAACAACGAGCUAAAAGUGGUGUACCAUUGGUACCAGUGCUAUCAGUGUUGCACCAACUAGAGGUAUACCGUGAUCCAGCGAGCAAGAACAACCAGGAGUCAGGAUGGCCGGGCCGUGGUGGCGGGGACGAUGAUGCGUGUGACAAUGGAGUCUUCGCGGGGCUCCGGGAGAAGUACGGCGAGGCCAUGACCCGCGACGACGUCAAGGCCAUCGUGCUCACCGGUUAG